AUGCCAACAACUGAUAUUAUACAAAUUGAAAACUAUAGAAAAGUUGGCAUUAGACCUCCGCACAUGUACACAACAUUUGCCAAUCAUUGUGGUGGAUAUGACAAAGUGGGGUUUAUUAGGAAAGAUAUUUACAAUCAAAAAGUGCGCAUGAGAAAGCAACAUACCUCUGAUGCAAGUGGUGCAUUAAAGUAUUUACAUAAUUUACGCAAGAAAGAUCCAGUGAUGUAUGUUUCAUACACUGUGGAUGAAGGCUCAAGACUACAAUGGUUGUUUUGGUGUGAUGCUGAGAGCCAAUUGCUUUAUGAGGUAUUUGGUGAUGUACUCAUAUUUGAUGCCACUUAUAAGAAAAAUAAGUAUUUGUGCCCUUUUGUUGUCUUCUCUGGUGUUAACCACCAUAAUCAGACAAAAGUUUAUGGCACUGCUAUCAUGACUGAUGAGACGGAAGAAACAUAUGUUUGGUUCUUAGAACAAUUCUUGGAAGCAAUGAAAGGAAAAACUCCUUGUUCAAUAAUAACUGAUGGCAAUCUAGCUAUAAGGAAUGCUAUAACAAGAGUGAUGCCAGGUGUUUUUCACAGACUGUGUGCAUGGCACUUAUUGAGUAAUGCAUUGAGCCAUGUUCGAGAUAAACAAGUUUUGAAAUGGUUGAAGAAGCUAAUGCUUGGUGAUUUUGAAGUGAUCGAAUUUGAAGAAAAAUGGACAGAGAUGGUUGCUACCUUUCAAUUGGAAGAUAAUAGUUGGAUUGCUGAAUUGUACGAAAAAAGGAUGAAGUGGUCUCCUGCCCAUUUGAGGGAUAACUUUUUUGCGGGCAUACGGACAACAUCUCGAUGUGAAGCCUUCCAUGCUCAUGUUGCAAAAUAUGUUCAUUCACGAACUAAUUUAACGGAUUUUGUAGAACAAUUUCAAAGGUAUGCCACUCUGGUUCAAGUUUCUAGAGAAGUCUGUGAAGCUACGUACUGUGAUCAAGAGGCAUAUGACAAAAUGUUGCAUUUCCUAUCAAAUGAGCUUAGAAGGAGAAAGUCCAAGAAAAACAGCCAACCAUGUUUCGAUGAGAAUGAUAACCAGCAUGGUGAUAAUUAUGAUGGUAUUUUAGACCCUGUUGUUGUUCGAACUAAAGGAUGUGGACAAGUUGGAAUAGAUGAAUCCGGCAAGUGA